GCGGCUGCUCAGACUUCUCGGACGAGUUAUCUGGUGACGCUGAAGAAGACUACUUACCCAUGCCCGCUCCGGCUCAUCUGCCAGCAGCAAAAUACAGCAAACCAGGGGCAGACUCCUCACCAGUGACGACAUCAGUCGUAAAAGCACUGUUAGCAGAACUGCAAAAGAAUAUUUUAGCAGACAUCACAGCAAUACGUAGUGACCUGCAGGGGCUGACAGGCCAUAUUGGGGCACUAGAGAGAACUUCCCAAACAAGCACCCAGCAUAUUGCCAUGCUCCACCAAGCAGUAAGUGACCUGCAGCAGCAGAACCUGCUACAUGAACGCCGCUUUGCGGCUCUGGAAGACACAUGGAGAAGAAACAACCUCAAAAUCAGAGGGGUUUUGGAAGACAUCUGUGAAACGGAACUGCCACAUUUCUUGAGACGCAUACUGUCAACCUUACUGCCAUCGAGGCAGAUGAAAGCUACCACCCUGGACCGACUCUCUCGGAUCCCCAAAUUAAGCAAAGCACCAACUACAGCCCCCAGGGACCUAAUAGUUACCUUUCACAGUGGGAACCACAAAGCAGCGGUUCUCACAGAGUUAUGGGGCAAAUUCCCCCUCCAAUUUUAA